CUCCAGUCUGACCGCUGAUCGUCUGGCACAUACAGGACAUUAAAAAAAAAAAAAAAGAAGCAAGAUUAUCGACACACGCGACCGCGCUCUCGCCUAACUUAACACUGACAACAAUGAAAGCAAUAAGCCCCGUGCGGUCCUUCCGGAAAAACAACGCGAAUAUAUCAGAGCACUCCUUGGGAAUCUCGCGGAGCAAGACCCCGGUGGAUGACCCGCUCAGCCUGCUGUACAACAUGAACGACUGCUACUCCAAGCUGAAGGAGCUGGUGCCCAGCAUCCCCCAGAACAAGAACGUCAGCAAGAUGGAAAUCCUGCAGCAUGUCAUCGACUACAUCCUGGACCUGCAGAUCGCGCUGGACUCAAGUGUCGCACUAACCAGCCUGCAUCACCCUGCGCGGCCGGGGCAGGCUCCAUCCAGGACCCCCCUGACCACCCUCAACACGGAUAUCAGCAUCUUGUCAUUACAGUCCCCGGAGUUGCCAUCAGCGCUGAUGACAGAUGACAGCCGGACCCUGCAUCGUUAAAAGCGGUGUUUGGUCAAGACGCAAAAAAAAAACACAUACACAGACACACGGGACCUGGGGAGCAGGACAACCCCCCCCCCCCUCCCCUCCCCUCCUCACUCCACAACCCUUCCACCCCUACCCCACUCCAACCUCUGUCCUCCAGGCCUGGAUUUUUUUUUUUUUAUUUUUUUUUCUAUCUGCUGACGCUGAAAUCAAGAGACUUUUGCUUAUUAUGGGACAAUCUAUUGUGAUGUGUUUUCUGUAUGGACACUUCAUUAUUAUUUAACUUAAGACUUUUUAUUUUUUAUUUUUAUUUGUGGUUCCAUUUCUGGAAUGGAAGGCGCGCUAUAUUCCCGAGAAUGGGAGGGAAAAAAAUGAGAUUAUUGUCACAAGGAUUAUUUCAACCCCCCCCCCCCCCCCGAACCCUGUCCCUCUCCUUGUUGAAGUCUUCGCUUUUUUUUGCGAAGGGUGCGAACGUGAAUAGAAAAGACAACAUGGUUAGUUACUGUAAAAAGUUUAGUCUUGUCUUGUCAGAACCGUUGGCACAUGAAGGACUGGACGUUGUAUAAAAAAAAGAAGUAAAAAUGAAAGAAUGAAACCUUGUGAACUCUUAUCGGGAGUUUAUCUUGUAUAGUUGCAGGAAUUCGAAACUUCUGCAAAAAUGUAAUGUUGUACUUAAUUAUGCUGAAACUUUUUAUAAAAGUAAUGUAAAUUGUACCUUUUUUUUAUACAAAAUAAAUCAAAAACGCAA